ACCUGACAUGAUGAACUUCUUUGUAUUUUCCAUUCUGUUUGGUUCACUUUUUGCCCUCAGCCACUGUGUUUUCCCACCCGGAUCAUGUGAUGGAUAUGAAAACAUAACUGAGCCAUGGCGCAAUUUUCAGUUUGUAUCAACUACUCUUCCUGGCUACCCAAGGGAUGAUGGACAUCUUGUGGGGAAUUGGUGGCGCUUCACAGGAAUUGGUGGGAACAGAAUCAAUCCAACUUGUGUAAGAAGAGCUGGAGGGUUCGCAUAUGGCAUCCAUUGGCAUUCCGCACAUCCAACAACUGAAUCUAAAACUGCAACGACAGGAACCGCAUAUGCUGAUGUUUCACAUUGUAACCAUUAUGGGAUCUCAGUCGAAGUGGUCCUGUGUCCAGGAGGAUUCUAUAUAUACAAACCAGCUAGUCAUCCUCAUGGAAGUUCGGGUUAUUUAACCUAUCAUUUUCAGUGUAACAAAACCGCUUGCGGGCCUCUUGCUGAGUGUGGGACUAAUGGAGGCUGCGCUUGCAUUGCCGGUUAUGAAAUGCUUCUUAAUCGCCUCCCCGAGAAAGAUGCGUAUAAUUGUGUUGACAUCGAUGAGUGUGAGAAAACCACAGGAAUAUGCGGCUCUCACUCAAAAUGCAACAACACGAUUGGAUCUUUUUUCUGUACCUGUCUGGAUGGAUUCGUUGCCACAAAUGAAUCAUCACCAAUUAAAAAUUCCAAUCCAUGCAUAGAUUUAGAUGAAUGUGCCGACAAUGUGUGUGGUGACGAUGGAACGUGUGUGAACAACCCUGGAAGUUAUCUGUGUAACUGCAACAACGGUUUUCAAGCUGUAGCUGACGCAACUCCUGUAUGCCAAGAUAUUGAUGAAUGCUUCAACUCCACUAUAUGUGGCCCUGAUGCUGACUGCACCAACAAACACGGAUCUCAUUCCUGCGCGUGUCAUAUUGGAUACAAGCCGACUCAACCGGACCAGGAACCAAGCGAGGAGAACAUCUGUGUUGAUGUUGAUGAAUGUGCUGAAGAUGCCACCAUCUGUGGGCCCAACGCCAACUGCACAAACUCAGUGGGAUCUUACGUCUGUUCCUGCCACCCUGGUUAUCGAUUGAAUGACGCCGACACCAUAGAAAGUCACUCCGACCCUUGCAUAGAUAUAGACGAAUGCAGUGAGACACAUGGUAUAUGUGGGGAAAAGACUGUGUGCACCAACAGGCCAGGGACUUACUACUGUUCCUGUCCUGAUGGAUUCUUCCCCUCCACUGGUAUUAUCUGGACAGUCGGAAUUACAUUUUGUGAAUCGCUUCAAGAUGUUCUCGACAAGUUAGAGCCUGAAGAGGGACAGACCAAAGAGAGGAAGUUUCUGGACGACAUGGACGAACAGCUGAAAGAAAACACGGAAAUACUCCUACCAGGAGCAACUGUGGCAAACUGCUUCUCAGCAUCAAUGGAAGUGUCGGGUGUUGGACCACGCGUCAAGUCGGCCAAGGUGAGUAGCGAAGGAGACGGGGAGAUUGGCAGCGUGAUCCUGGGAAUCUCAGACCGUCUAAUUUCUGCGAUGGUGCCGUCAGGUCAGAACCAAACCAGCACCACCAUCAAGAGUGAAACAGUGGAUUUAAGCUUCCAAACUGUUGUACCUGGAGGCAACAGUACAGGGAGCUCUACUCUCUCAGCCAAAGAAAACACCAUGGACAUUAAUCUGGAAGAUCUGGCCAAAAACAAUAAUGGUUCUGCAGCUGCUGCCUUCUUGACGUUAAAUGGAAUGGAGAAUCUUCUAAGUCACCAAUACUUUAAGACAGAAAACAAGACGGAGAUGUUCUCUGAUGUUCUCACUGCCGUUGUGCCCUCCAUGAAUCACACCAACCUCACAGAGCCCGUCAACUUCACCAUCCACCACAAGAAGAUGUUACCCAAGUCUGGUUUUGUGACCUGUGUGUAUUGGGAGAAUAAAACCAAGACAACAGAAACAGGAGGAGGAAGAGAGACUGAGAAAGGAAACACAGGAACCAUGCGCUGGUCAGUGGAUGGCUGCUGGACAGCAUACAGUGAUGAAAACCGCACUAUGUGCAGCUGCUCUCACCUCUCCACAUUCGCCCUGAUUCUUCAGAUAGGAGAGCCUCCUCCAGAGAGUGAUUUCUUGGAGUGGUUGAACAGAAUAUGUGUGAUUGUGGGACUGUUCUUCUUCGCUCUGGCUGUGUUCACCUUCCUCCUGUGCAGCUGGAACCCCAAAAUCAACAACACAGCCCGUCUUCACCUCUGUCUCAACCUGGGCCUGUCUCAUCUGCUACUGCUCUGGAAUGACAGAUACCUUGAGGAUGAGCUGGCCUGCACCGUCAUGGCAGCGCUUCUCCACUUCUUGGUGGUUGCCAGUUUCGUGUGGAUGCUUCUGGAGGCCUUUCAGCUCUACUUGCUGGUCCGAAGACUCUCCAAAGUGCAGGUUAUCCAGAGAGAUGGCCUGCCCAAGCUGCUUCUGUACCUGAUUGGUUAUGGGGUUCCCUUUGUGAUUGUGGGUGUUUCUGCACUGGUAUAUUCUGAUGGAUAUGGAGCUACUGAGGCAGACUCAUGCUGGCUGUCUCAAAAACAAAACUUUAAUUGGGCUUUAACAGGGCCGGUGCUGAGUGUCCUUGCACUUAACUGCAUCUUGUUUUCUGCUACUUUAUGGAGUCUCAGACCGACUUUGGCCAACAUGAAAAGUGACGUCUCACAGUCUAAAGACACCAGAUUAAUUCUUUUCAAGAUAGUGGCUCAGUUUGUCAUCCUGGGCUGUACGUGGAUUCUGGGCCUGUACCAGACCAACCUUUUCUUCCAGGUCCUUUUUAUCGUUCUGAACUCCCAGCAGGGCACCUUUCUCUACAUUGUUCACUGUCUGCUCAACAAGGAGGUUCGGGGGGAGUACAUCAAAUGGCUGACCUGCACUUUCAAUAAAAACAGAGAGGAAUCAACGAAAGACGUGCCAUCGAUUUCUGAGGACAUGGACAAGUGUGACGAAAAGGUGGACUGACGGUGAACAGAGAAUCUUCUCACCUACCCAGUUCACUAAUUUAAAUUGCCUCAUUAUUUCACUUUGAACACAAUGUAGUGAAGAUGGAUGUUCCUGAAAUGUUGAUUGUUUGGAGUGGACUGUCUAUGGGUAAUCGCAUAUACUGUUUUCAACUGCUUAAUCUUAUCCACAUCAUUUUGAAAACACUUUGGUUUGUUAUGAUGAUAUCUACUGAACUGUAAUGACAGGACUAAUAGCUGUACUUUUGGUAUUUUUCCUGCCUUCAUUACAUGCAGUUCAUAGUAAAUCUAUAAGGCUAUUUUGUAAAUAUGAAAUCUGAUGGAACACUGGGGUAUAAACUAUGUCUGAGAAUAUAAUGUGUGAUCUGGAUUGGUAUGAUGGCUUGGCCUGUAAAGAUUUAUCUGUCAUAUAAAUACAGUAUUGUUUUUCAUAUGUGUGUGAACACUGUGUACUUUUUAUUGCGCAUAUAUCUUCUUGUUAAGCAGCAGAUCUUAUUUUUUAACUUGUAUUUUCUAACAAUAGGAUGAAGACAACAGGCUCAUAUUUUAUGAAUAUUCACACUGUAUAUCAGUCAGCUCUUUACAAUUUUGAUAAAAGUAAAACUGCUGCACCAAAGGACUCACCAGUGUGAAGCAUAUGACAACAGGACAGCAUAUUUUUUUCACAUAUGUUCAUCCAAAUGAGAAAUAUUACAUGUUUUUACAACCUCUAAUUAACUUAAAUGUGUGCUUUUGGUCCAAUUUUGCCCUUAAUAAAGGAUUUCAUUAUAUUAAUUGUAUUUUAUUGUGAAGCUUCAUUCCAAUGUCACUGAACAACAGCCAUUCUUCAAAGUUAUUAUCAGCAUCCAGUAUCCAUUACUUGCAAGAUUCAUUCUAAUUUUUCAUGUAGCAAGAACAGAGCUUUGCAUGCACUUGACCAGAUUAAAAAAUUUGAAUCAAACUUUCAAGAAAAUGCUUCACGCUAAUAUGAUUGCAACACUAAAACACUAUUCCGAAGAGAUUACCUUAGCAAUUUUUCAGAACUUUUGAAAAGGGAAAUAAUUUGAGUAAAUU